AUGGUAGAUGUAACAGAGAAGGAGAUGGAUAACCCCACCUUUAAAAGUGACACUGUACUGUCUGAUGUUCACUUACACUGUACAAACAAAAGACAUCUCAUGGUACGAUUGAAUGCAGUUGGACAACCAGUAUUCCUGUCGUAUUUCAAACUCCUUUGGAACACAGAAGAUUUGGCAUCUGAGAAACAUGUGAAAGAAGCUACAGCAGAAAGAGAACACCAGUACAAAAGUGGAGAUGAACUUUGUGACAAGGACAGAAAUAAUCUAAAAAAAGAAAGAGAAUUAAAUAGUGAAGGCAUAGAAGCUCUGCUAGAUGAUGACGGAGACUUGGAGGUGGUCAGAAGACCUCGAAGCACCUCUGAUUUAGAAGCAGAGGAUCUUUUGAGGGAUAGAGUGUAUCCUGUAAUUCUGAUGAAAGGAGAAGAAGAUGCUUUUGAAGAUGAACAACAAGAAUGUGCUUGCAGUGACGUUGUUAAAAUAGAACAUACUAUGGCAACCCCCUUAGACGAUGUCGGUAAACAAGUCUGGCGUGCAGCCUUUCUUCUUGCUGAUUACAUUCUGUUUAAGCGGGACACAUUCAGGUGUUGCUCGGUGCUAGAGCUUGGAGGUGGCACUGGAAUUACAAGCAUUAUCAUGGGAACAGUUGCCAAGAGAGUUUAUUGCACAGAUGUUGGUGAAGAUCUUCUGGCCAUGUGUGAGCAGAAUGUUGCAUUAAACCAACACCUGAUGGAGCUGGGAAGGGGGGAGGUUAAGGUAAAAGAACUGGACUGGCUGAAAGAUGGAUUCUGCACUGAUCCUGAAGCUCCUUAUAGCUGGUCAGAAGAUGAGGUUGCUGAUUUACAUGACAACUGUACUGUGAUAAUGGCAGCUGAUGUGUUCUAUGAUGAUGACCUGACAGAUGCCUUGUUCAGAACACUGUAUAGAAUCACACACAACUUAAGAAAUUCUUGCACAGUUUACCUCGCAUUAGAAAAGAGGCUGAACUUCACUUUAAGACAUAUGGAUGUUACAUGUGAAGCGUACAGUCAUUUUAGAAAUACCCUGAAUGAUUUGGAGAACCUCCAAGAUAGAAAAAUGAAAUAUACUGUGGAGCCCAUUAAGCUUGAUUUCUGCCAGUUUCUAAUUUAUGAACGAAUUGAGCAGUUGGAAUUGUGGAAGAUCAUUGCUGAACAGCUAACAUGA